AUGCGGAACAGUUGUAAAUAUGAUUCAACGACGAGCAGUGAACAAUCUUUAACACGUAAAUAUGUUCGUUAUUCAAGUUAUCUUGACAAUAAUCAAGAGAAUAUUUAUCCACAAAAUAAUCGUCGAUUUCCACCAACAUAUUCAUCAUUUCGUAUUGAACCAAAAAUAACCUAUGAUGAAAAAUGGUUAUCAAAUAAACAAUAUAAUUCACGUGUUACUGCUUAUGCUGAAAAACCUGUAGAAAAAAUUAUUAAAAAACCUAUAGUAACAUCUUCAAAACGUAAAUCACCACAAACAAGUACAUAUCAUGAAUCAAAUGGACAAGUUGUUCAUGAACGAAUUUAUCCGCCAACAAAAACAACAAAAUUAUGUUUACGUGUUGCUGUUAAUGGCGCAUCGAAAUCAAUGCGUGGCGAUUUACCAUUAUCAAAUUUAAAUUUAACUAAUGGUGAUUUUGGUGAUGAUGCAGGAAUGUUUUUUGAAAAUCGAGAUAAUUGUUUUGUUGGUUUAGCUGAUGGUGCUGGUGGAAAUCGAUCACUUGGUAUAAAUCCAGCUGAUUUUUCUCGAGCUAUUCUUGCUGCAUGUCGAAGUAUUCUUCGUCAAACAAAUGUACAAACAACUCAAUUACCUCGACUUAUUCUUUCAGCUAUGCAACAAGUUGAAGCAAGCCAUGUUCGAGGUAGUAGUACACUAUGUUUAGUAGCACUUGAUAAACAAAAAAAUUCAUUAUCAACACUUAAUAUUGGCGAUAGUGGUUUUGCUAUUUAUCGUAAUAAUGAACUAUAUUGUCGAUCAAAAUCAACGAUGAAUUCAAAUGGUAGUGGACCAAGACAGUUAUUUGCUGUCAAUGGUUCACUUGGUUUACCAUGUUUUAUUAAUGAAAACGAAGUCUUACGAGAUUGUUCAUUAGAUUCGGUUGAAGUUGAAAAAGGUGAUAUUAUUAUUUUAUCUUCUGAUGGUUUAUGGGAUGUAAUUAAAUCUGAUCAUUUACAACAAAUUGUAGAACGAAAUACGAAUAAACAUUUACAAGAUUUAGCUGAUGAUCUUCUUAGUCAAGCUGCUGAAGGAUAUAUUGCUAACGGACGAGAUGAUAUUUUAGUUAUUGUAUGUAAAGUUGAUUCAGUAUAA